AAAUAUAUAGGGCGCAAUUUAAAAAGUUUCUGGGUGCAAUCGUUGUAAUGUGUGUUAAUCGUGUUUAGUUCGUGAUCUAAUGUCUACGUCAGGAAUGGUGGAGCUACACGUAUAUGUCUUCAUGGCAUAGUGUUUAACUAAUUAAGCGCAUGGACGACUUUUACUGCUUUCAUUUCAUGUCAUGACUGUCCGUGUACUAGGUGUGGGAAUUGGUUUAUUCGCAAUUUUGGCAAUUUGGACAGUUGCUAUUAUCUCUUGCAUUAUUUUCCACCGAACCCAUAAAAAGUUUGGGACAGGAGUAGUUGCGGUUGCUUCUGUGGUAACUGUAAUCCUGAUUCUUAUACCUCGAGAUUCCGAGUUACCAAAGAAACCAGUGUUUAAGCUGUAUGACGAGUUGUUUUUGUGGAGAACAUCACUUGUUAUUCUACUGGGACUGUCAGCCAUCAUAGGACUUCUGAUUUUUGUUGUCAUGCACUUGAUGGAGCCACAACAUGCACAAGCAGUUAGGCCGUGAUGAUUAGUCACUUAAUU